AUGGUGCUGCAGGUCCAUGUCUGGGGCCCUGCCUUCGGGCUGCCUUCUAUCGAUGCGGAAUGCCUCGCCGUCAUCACUUAUCUCGCAUAUGCAGCCCCGGGAUCUAAUGCUUGGACCCUUGCUGCUAGCAGUCCGUCAGCCGUACCGGGCCACGCGCUACCAGCCCUCUAUGAUACAGAGACUCAGUCGUGGAUCACUGGCUUCUCGGACAUAGUUACCUAUCUGGGGUCACAAAACCUUGAGCAUGACUUGGAUGUCGACCUCACGUCCGCUCAGAAGGCCGACUCUACGCCUUACUCGGUCUUCCUAGCUACUAACGCCUCCCCUCUUGUCGCUCUAUCCCUCUACGUCUCAUCUGCCAACUGGGCCGGCACAACCCGACCGGCAUACAGCAAGAUCCUCACCUUCCCUCUAACAUGGACCGAGCCAACGGCCGUCCGCUCCGCCAUGGCGCAGAAGGCUGAGCACCUCGGCCUGUCCAGCCUGGACACGGACUCUGAGGCGACCUCGUCCUCCGAGUCCGGCGCGGCAGCCGCUGACGACUCGGGCUUCUUCCACAUCCCUAAGAGCCUGCAGCUGCCGAAGCGUGGCGUCUCGGCGGCCCUGUCGCCCGAGCAGACGGCGCAGAUCCGGCUGGAUGCCGUCGCGAGCGACUGCCUCUCUGUGCUGGCCGAGCUCAAGGGCGACAAGAAGUUUCUGCUCCGCGACGGGCGGCCCACGGCGCUGGACUGCCUCGCAUUUGGCUACCUGGCGCUGAUGCUCGUGCCUGAGGUCCCGCGCCCUUGGCUUCAGACAGUGCUGCGGAAGCGAUACGGCGGCCUAUGUGCGUUUGUCGAAGAGGUGCGGAGGGACUGCUUCGGAGAAAGGGUCCUGCCCUGGUCGGUUGAUAGGCCCUCAAGGACGGUCUUGAGCAUUAGCUCGCGGUUCGCGCACGGUGCUAUGCGUGUAUUUCCAGUGUUUGGUGAGGACUGGCACAGAUGGAUGGUGCGCAGGAGGAAGGCAGACAGCGACAAAGGAAAGCCAUGGGACGGUGGCCGGGAUACCAACGCGAUCAUCCUCGCCGUGUGUGGUGGUUUGACCGGCGCGGCGCUUCUGGGCGGCGCGUUGCUCUACCGACAUCUAAUGCCGUUCGGCUCGCCCCUGUACAGAUAUGAGCGGGAGCGGCGAGGCCUGGCAGGGUUUGGUGCGGCGGGUUCAUUCCUAGGCAUAUCGUCGGAGUGGAUGGACUCCCAGUAUAACCAGCGGUAUGGUGGCGGAAACAGAUCGGCGGCACCGAGAGGUGGUAUUGAGGUCGACUAUCAGAGCGUGCCUAUCAACGAUGGUGGCCAUCCGCCCAUAGUCGAGCUUGAUGUCGAAGUUGCGGCGCAAGGCAAUAACGGUGUAUAA